AGCAGAGGAAGAGAUACUAAGCACGUGAUGACUUUGGUAUGAUAUUGAUGGAAGGAAGCUGUAGCCGAAAUGAACACGUUACGUGUAUUUUUGCGCUUUUCGGGAGCACAGAGUUUGCGUUGGAGUAAUGGCAGUCACCCUACCAUAUUCAGCUGCAGUCAACUACGCUCUAUCGGUUCCUUGGUUCUGUCCAGGGCAGGGGGCGAGCAGAAAACUUUCCUGCAAAGAAACCUGGACAUCAAGGCAGAUGGAGCCAGUGUUCUCCAGCAACCACUCUGGCACCAUCAACAAGUCCGCACAGUCAAGCGUGGGACAGAAUAUCAACCAAACAACAUUAAACGAAAGAGGACCCAUGGCUGGAUCAAAAGAAUUAGCUCUCCAGGUGGAAUCGAAGUAAUCCUGCGCCGAAUGCUCAAAGGACGAAAAUCCUUGACACAUUGAGACUCUGACCGGACAGUUGCUUUGAUACACCAGCUCACCUUGAAGUAUUGAAGUUUAAAAUCACAAUAAUCGUAUUCAAAUAAAAACAACAUUUGUCAUGAUGUUUGGUAUCAUAUUUUAUUUAAGCAUUUGAUGUGCAUUUACUUUUUAUUACGAUGAUAGUA